UCCCAGAAUGAAUGAAAGGCUCAAUAUAUUAUUCUGCAAAUGCAUACUCGUUAUGCUACCAUCUCCAUUUUUAUCCUUCUCAUUUCCAGCACACAUGCUGUCUUCACAAGACGACCGCACCCUUACCUCAGUGCGGCAAACCAAUUCAUGGCUCCUCAAAAUGCUGCCCGUGCCUCUUUGAGGAUUCGGCCAUUAGUGUGGGAUGCAAAUUUGGCACGUUACGCGCAAUCGUAUUGCAAUCAAAGGCGCUACGACUGUGAUUUAAAGCAUUCUAACGGACCAUACGGUGAGAACAUCUUCUGGGGCAGUGGCAGUGGCUGGACUCCAGCUCAGGCCGCCGCCGCAUGGGUCUCGGAGCGUAAAUGGUAUAAUUAUUGGUCUAAUUCUUGUGCCGAGGAUCAAGAAUGUGGACAUUAUACUCAAAUUGUUUGGAACAGCACAGAAAGAAUUGGGUGUGCUAGGGUGGAUUGUUUUCGUGGAAGGGGAGUUUUCAUGUCUUGCAACUAUGAUCCUCCUGGGAAUUAUAUUGGAGAAAAGCCUUAUUGAAUGUGUAUCUUGAAAUUUUGCCUAGUUUUUAUUUAUUUUAUUUCUAUUUUUUUGUGGAAACCUCGUAUGAUUAUUACAUUCUAUCAUAUGGGUGAUUGAUGUGUUCUCCUUGACACAAUUUUCACCCUUCUUUAUUUUAUGUAUUUAUUGUAAAAUAAAUUUCAAUAUCACAUGAAAUAUAAUUAACGAUGUAAGAAAAAAAAAAGAUUUUUCAAUAUUAACGGUGUGGCUUCUCAUCCUUUCA